GUUGUGCUCGUUACUCACGUGGCCAGCCUUUGAGCUGCAGAACGGGCUACUGAACGAAACCUUCAAGCAUCAUAACGAGGCCAACUCUCUAUUUUGGUGGUACUGUGAGCCAUGUCAUAGACCAUUCAAUGGUUUCCCAGAGUCAAAAGAGCGUCGAAUGAUGAGAAGUGAUGUUACCACGUGAGGCCUGCUGUCCUAAGGUUACAAUGUAUUGUAACUGCAUGUCGAGCAUGGCGGCGAGCAUUGGUUGAGUCAUCCGAUGAUGCUCAACGGCGGGGAUAUGGAAUAACGAAAUGUGUACUGCGGUUGCACCGAUGUUGGCCAAUGACAUCAAGUACAGACGCUCGGUCUCGCGUUGUGACCUUGACAGGGCAUCGACGAAGGCUGAUCAUAUAUGCUCGAAGUGGAAGUAUCCCAGCGUUGACGUUGAAUAAGUACCUAGCUGCCCUCCAGUCUUGAUCAAGGUUCUUGAGAGGUAAUGGGUGUGGCCUCUCGACAGAGCACGACCGAGCCAUACUUGAAAGCUCGUGCUCGGUCCACGAUUCACCAGUUUCCAGACCCUCAAAAUUUUCUUCGUCGACAAGGGCAUCUAUUGCAAAUACGUUAACCGGUUGACGUCAUGAUAAUCAACAUAUCUUUCACCAUGUUGCUGGCCAACAUUGGCCUUGCAAGUGGGUCGGCUGACUUGCGACUGAUCACUUACAACAUCCGCUAUGCCGCAACAUUACUAUCAACUAAUGAGGAGCCAUGGGCUGUUCGUCGGCCUUUGAUGGCCUCGCAGGUCAAUUUCGAAACCAGCAAUCGCCCAGAAGCCUUGAUCUGCAUGCAAGAGGUAUUGAAUGAGCAACUCGUCGACCUCCAGUCGGAUCUUGGAAGCAAUUGGAACCAUGUUGGGGUUGGUCGGAAUGAUGGUGCGCAAGAUGGAGAGUAUUCACCCAUUAUCUACCAAGCAGACACCUGGCGACUGGAUAGGAACAAGACGUACUGGCUCAGCCAGACGCCCCACGUGGUUGGGUCUACGGGAUGGGAUGCUGCCUUACCGCGUAUCGUUACAGUUGCGCAGUUCAAGCAUCGCACAACAGAUGUGCCUCUGGUAUUCAUGUGCACGCACUUUGACCAUAUGGGGACGGUUGCCCGGAAUGAGAGCGCCAAGUUGAUCAUCAAGAUAGCUGAUGAGUGGAUGGUCCAAGGCUCCAACUCAACGAAGCCCGCUCCUGUGUUUCUGGGCGGUGACUUGAACCUGGAGCUUACAGAGGAGGGAAACAAGACUUUAACCACCCCAGGCGCUUUCCAGGACAUCAAAGACCUCGUCCCCAAAACACACUGGUACGGCAACGCCAAGACAUCGACUAGCUUUACCACAUCGACUUUGGACGAUAUGCGUAUUGAUUACCUGUUCGUGCGUAAUCCUCGUGGCAUCCAAUUCUCAACGUAUGGAGUCUUGACCAACAAAUUCGAGGAUGGGGUGUAUAUUUCGAAUCAUAGGCCAGUAGUGGUGGACGCAGAAAUGCUGGCAUGACUGUGUCGCCAGUGAAGAUAUGACUUUGAAAAUGUCUGGAGCGGUAUUCCAAGAAGGUGUCUCAAGAAUCAUCGGAUGUUUACCCCAGGCGCCAAAACGGUCAAGCUUUGAGUGAAUCAGGACAAGGAGAUAAUCAACAGUACCAGGCUUAGAGCGACAGAAUGGAGCGUCGGGCACGCCGGUUUGAAUGGAGUAUACCGCUUACCUACUGAGAUAAUUUAUUUGCUACUCGUCGUGGACUGGCGGACAAUGACCGCUGCGCAUUAAGUAUAUGUACCUAACCUUCCGUAUUACGAGCCAAGGUUCGAUACACGUAUGUCUUCUCUCCCUCGUCAGACCAGAUUUUUAGGUAGCCUUGAUUUCAGUACUUCGAAGAUAGAGCUUACUUAG